GUGUUGAAUCGUACUGUGAUUCAAAUCACUCAUUAUUGUAACAAAAUUUCUUAUUAGUACCUAAUGCAAUAAUCAUUUAGUUAAAUUAUUAUUUAAUUGAAGCAAUAACUUUAAACGAGAAUUAUACCACAUUAUUUUUAAUAAUAUUAAAUAUUUAUAAACAACAAAUAUUCAUUUAACAAAAACUACAACACUUUUAAAAACAAUAAAAUGUAUUUCAAACAAAUUGUUGUGGAGUUUAAAUUGUGUAUUAAUUUAAAAACGUGUCUUACUACUACAACAAAUAUUUCAAGUUAAAAAAAAAAACCACCAUCGGAUCAGGUUUAUUAAUAUUUAUUGAACUACACUAUGUUCUUAGGAACAUUUUCGCGAGUAAAAAUUUUAUUCGUAUUGGGUAUAAUCUGCUUACUGGUGCAGUGUUUAUAUUAUGUCAACUACUACACUCUGAUUAAUACUAUACAACAAUAUGUCCCAACAACUAAACUUGCACCAAACACUAUGGUUGAUAAUAAAAAUCAAACCAAUGAAUUGGAAAACAAUAACGUUACACUCAUACAUCUCGCGCCGUGUCCACAAAUAUUACCUGCCUUAAAAGAAAGAGUUGAUUUGUUUGUACCUGCUCGGGAGAAUUUGGAAUAUGUGGCGCUACAGUUAUCACAGUUGAGGAUUUUAGAAGGAGGUCACCAAAUGCCUUUGGAGUGCGAAGCGAGAUACAAAAUUGCAAUCUUAGUACCUUAUAGAAACCGAUUUAAAAAUCUCUGCUGGUUCCUUUUAAAUUUACAUCCUUUUUUAACAAAACAAAAAUUGGAUUACACUAUUUUUAUCAUAGAACAGUUCUCUGAGUCUUCAAGUAAAGAAGAUGAUGGACGUUUUAACCGGGGAAAGUUACUGAACAUUGGAUAUACCGAAGCGUUAAAGUUAAGCGAUUUUGAUUGUUUCUUUUUCCAUGACGUAGACCUCUUACCAAUGAAUAACGGUAACAUAUAUAGUUGUCCGGACCAACCAAGACAUCUCGCAGUAGCUGUUGACAAAUAUAAUAACAAACUGCCGUACGGCCAAUACUUUGGUGGAGUGGUGGGCAUGAGUCGAACGCAUUUCAAGUUAAUCAACGGAUUCAGUAACAUAUUCUGGGGAUGGGGUGGCGAAGAUGACGACUUGUAUUACCGGACCACUUUUCACAGACUAAAUAUCACCAGAUACCCACCGAAAGUGGCGAGUUAUCAUUCGUUGUCGCACCCCCGACAAAAAGUCAACCCGCACAGGUACAAACUCCUUGAAACCAAAUUUAUACGUUUCAAAUCAGAUGGACUUAACAGCCUAAAUUACGAGAUAAAAUCGAUAAAGAAAUUACCACUAUACACACACAUAUUAGUGGACAUGGUCGACAGGUUCAAAGACGCAAAUUAUAGAAAAUAAAUGAAGUGGCACUGGUCAAAAUGCCACUUAAAAAACCCUCUCUCACUCUUUCAUUCUCUCUCUCUCUCUCUCUUUCUCUUACUCUUUCACACUCUCGCUCUUCCUCUAUUACAACAUAGCGUAUUAAAAAAAAAUUUUACAAUAUAAAAUAUGUAUAGAUUAACUGUGAUGCCAUAAAAUACGUUGUAUACAUUUUUUUUUCUAUUUACAAUUUAUAAUAAUAAACAAUCAACGUUAUCGAUUGACGUGAUACUAAACUAAAACACAAAAAAAAAUUGUUUUUUGCAUACGGAUUUGAAUAGGUUUAUAAAAUUUUGUAUGAUAGUACGUCAUAUCAAUUGAUAAGGACCAGACGAAUAGAGACAAAUAAAAUCAGAUGUUAUUACUGUUACGAUUUUCCCUCUGUUCGCGGACAACUGACCUUCGACCGGCGACGAUGUGUAUAGGUACAACAAUGUAAUUAGUACUUAUAAUAUCAUUAUUCAUUUUGUAUCAGUAUAUUAUUAUAUUUGUAUAUUAAUAAGUACAUAAUAAGUAUAACAAAUAGAUGUAACAAUUCGAAAAAUAAGUGUUCCACCGGGACAAAACUGCGACCACAUCCAAACAUACGUUUGAAUAAAAUUAAUUAAAUAACACAAAGUAUCUACUUAUCAAAUAUUUUCUAAAUUUGUCAUUUUUAAUUUUGCGCGUUGCAUUAGAUGUUAUAAACUUACCACAUAAUGUACACCAGACUGUCAUUAAUGUAUUGUACGUGUAUUUUUUUUUUCAAUAUUAUUUGAUACGUUUUCAUGAAAUAAAAUACGUAUUUUUUUCA